UCUCUCUCCAAGGUGUCACUGCUGUUUUGGAAAGCUGACCAGCACGGACGUAGGGGAAGAUGCUCCGGAGAGUGAUUUUGGUGGGGUAGAGUGGAUGAUCGACAGCAGCGCUGCUGGGAAGAGUGAGAGAGGGAGGAACAGCACAGCAUCCAGAGGCUGGGAGCCCGAGUCGGGAAGGAGGGGAGAGAGAUUGCCUUUUACUGAAAACAGUGUGACUUUCCCUUCUCCCUCUUCAAUUCGAAAACUUGAAACACCAAGAGCACUCUGGAUUUAUGCUUUCACAGAUCGCUCCAGUCUGGACAUUGAAAUAAAAGCAGCUGGGGAGCUCUAGGGGGGAUGCUCUAUACGGAGUUCAUGAAUAAGAUGCUGAACUGGACAUGAAUGGGAUGGCAUCAGAUCACAACACUUCCUCCAAAGAAUACCUCCCACACUAUCUCCAGAAAGAAGACCCCUUUGCAUCAAAGCUUUCUAGAGAAGCUGACAUUGUAGCUGGGUUUUAUUUGACCAUAAUUGGGAUUCUUUCAACUCUGGGAAAUGGGUAUGUUAUUUUUAUGUCCUCAAAGCGAAAGAAGAAGUUGAGACCUGCUGAGAUAAUGACUGUUAAUUUAGCAGUGUGUGAUCUGGGCAUUUCAGUUGUAGGAAAACCGUUUAGUAUCAUUUCCUUCUUUUCUCACCGCUGGGUGUUUGGAUGGAUGGGCUGCCGCUGGUAUGGAUGGGCUGGUUUCUUCUUUGGCUGUGGGAGCCUUAUUACCAUGACAGCUGUCAGCCUGGAUAGAUACCUAAAAAUCUGUCACUUGUCUUAUGGUACCUGGCUUAAGAGACAUCAUGCAUUUAUCUGUCUGGCAAUAAUCUGGGCCUAUGCUACGUUCUGGGCUACGGUGCCUUUUGCUGGCGUGGGGAGCUAUGCCCCCGAGCCGUUUGGGACCUCCUGCACUCUGGACUGGUGGCUGGCGCAGGCUUCGGUGGCUGGACAGGCUUUUAUUCUGAGCAUUCUUUUCUUUUGCCUCCUGUUCCCAACGGCAGUGAUUGUUUUUUCCUAUGUCAAAAUCAUUCUAAAAGUCAAGUCAUCCACCAAAGAGGUUGCUCACUAUGAUACCAGGAUUCAGAACAGCCACAUACUUGAAAUGAAGCUGACCAAGGUGGCAAUGUUGAUCUGUGCAGGGUUCCUCAUUGCCUGGAUCCCUUACGCCGUGGUGUCCGUGUGGUCAGCCUUUGGACAGCCAGACUCAGUUCCCAUCCAGUUUUCAGUGGUACCAACUUUGCUUGCAAAGUCAGCAGCUAUGUACAACCCAAUUAUUUACCAGGUCAUUGAUUGUAAGUUUGCCUGUUGCCGGUCAGGAGGAUUGAAGACACUGCAGAAGAAGAGCUCUUUGAAGAAAUCAAGGAUGUAUACCAUAUCUGCACACAGAGACUCGACGGCGAUGAACGAAACCCAACUGGAAGUAUGAAGGCUCAUUUCACAUACAGCAAAUGAAAACCUGAUGACAAUCAAUCAUAUUGUCUCAAGUUCUUCUUUCUGUAAAUAAAUUAAAACAUGAUGACAGUUUUAUUUUACUCCCUAGUCCUAAGUACAAUGUAGUUCUUUCCAUCCUGACCAAAAUAGUGUGAUUAGAGCUGGGCAAAUAUUUUAAGUACUCAGAGGAAGAAGAAACAGAGAAGAUUCAUUUCUAUAAAAAAAAUUUUAUUCACUUCAGAGCCUUUAAAAUACUUUUUUUUUAAAUUUUUUUUUUUUUAACACUAACAGAAGUGAUAGUGUGGAUGAUAUUCUCCCUCACGGAAAGGGAAGUGUUCACAAAGGCCAGUUUUAGUUUGCUAAAGUUAAUCUCCCUAGAUUCCUACUGCAGUCACUGGAGAACUGGAGCAUGAGAGAAAGGAUUCCUUAGAGGACAAAUCUGAGUCAGAUCUUCACUUAUCAGCGCUCCAAAUCACCCACUGCAGAAACAUUAGCCCACUGAUUAUCCCUUGUAAGUAUCUCUCCAACCCAUGUGGCUACAGGCUAUCUUAAAACCACUUUGACUUCAGUCCUUCAAUAUUCAGAAAUAUUUUGGUUUUAGUCAAGGCAAGAUCAGAAGUGCCACACUCUUAUACCACUGAUGGUCAGUAUUUGUGAAUGAGAGGGAAAGGUCUCUUGCUCAAGUGCUAGUUUCAUUUAAACAAUUUGGAAUCAUGAAUGACUUUGCAAUAAAAGAGCAGAACCUAAAUGAAGUCAGCGCCAUACAAGCCAAACUAAGCCAACCAAUAGUUUGCACAUCUUUUUACCAUUCUCUGGCCAAAAUUGCAAUCAAAUGUGAUGGCAAUAAGAUGACAGGUUUGACUUCUUGAACGGUAACUGGUUUUUUUCACCUUCUAUUGUACUUUUCACCAUUCUUUAUGAGAUCACUAUUUAAAAUAAAAUGACAAAUCAUCCCUCGAUCCUAAGCAUGAAACCUGACUCAAAACUAGUGAAUUCAUGAGAAAGGUUACAACAUAGGUAACAGAGAAGUGUUUCUCAAGUGCAGUUGUAUCCAAUUUUUAAACACUAAGUCCUGGAAGGAUGAGGAUUAGGAACGAUUUGGGAGAACAAUAGUCCUACUAAAACAAAGCUUUUAUGUUCCUAAUACACUCAAUACAAAAAAGAGUGUGCCUUGAAAAGACCUGCAGAGUAAGGCUGCCAAAAUAGUUGCAUUGGAUCUGAGCCAUAAUUAUUCCCAUUCUCUUCUUUUUCUUCUUUUGGAUUUACCUUAAGGUAGAGGCAUUGCUACAGACAAAAAAUUAGCAGUCCAGUAUAAGCAGAUUUUUAAUGCUUAAAAUAAUGAUUUUGAUGUUUGUAUGUCAUUUCUUUAGGAAGAAUAUGAUACUAUAAAAAAUAAGUUAAUUGCAAAUCAAAGAGUCUCCCACACAGAUUUGUGUUGACUGCUCAUUAAAAAAAAGAAAGUACAAGGGCUGAAGUUUUCUUCUGAAUGGUUCCUUUAAGGAAAAAAGCAUUUAUGAAAGAGUUUCUGUUGUUUUCCUGUUGAACAUUUAAUGGUCCUUCUUAUCAUACUGUUGUUUCACAAUUGUGUUUAACAUGUUUUCCCUGCCAUACCGAACUGAACUUCUUCUGUAGCUGAUCUGUAGUGAUGUUAAUCUUGUUUUAUACAAUAAUAUCAUAAAGGUUUAGAGUAAUCUGAUGUUUGUUGGCAUGUCCCAGUGCUCCCAUUCUGGAGUGCAAACAGUUGCUGUUUUCUCCAAUGAUAUUCAGACAAUGUAGCAGAAGUUAAGUUUUGUUGAAUUUCCUAAACUGAGUAGAAGAAAGUAUUGUUUCCUCCUCUGCAAUAUUUUAGCAAAAGAAGUUUGAGUAAAUACUAGAAGAACUCACAGAGGUACAAGGAGUUUCCAUGUUACCUAUACAAUGCUUUGUGUUAAUUUUUCCCAAGAAGUUGAGUUCUUUCACUUCUAUAGACCUUUCAGUAUAAGGCAAGUUUAUUUCUUGACUCUGGUUGCAAGUUGUGCCCAAGAAUUGAUCCAGAGCAGAAGGCACACUUUACAAUGUUUCCAGAUUUUGUUAUGAAGCCAUUAAAAAUCUUCCCUCCAUUUUCCUGCACCUUUUAUUCUUUUCUUCAUCCAGGCAAACUUUGGUUGGUAUCUAUAGAUGUUUAUCAUAACUGAGGUCUGAUGUAAGGUAGACGUACUGUGCCCCUAUAAAUGCAGGUUAGUUGGAGCAGAGCUGCAGGUAAGACUGUAGGAGUUACCCACUGGUCUGGCCAGACUUCAGGGCAGAUCAAUUCACAGUUUGUGCAUGAACACUUCCUGUAGUUUCAGCUGGGGAAGAUUUUAUCUUCUUUUUUUUUUUAAAUUAAGUACUCUCUUCAGAAUUGCUGCUGGGUCAUCCCAGAAAUGGAUACAUACUUGUGGUAAGGCUGAAUUUUAUAUUCUUAAAGACUGUAAAAUAUUUUUGGAUUCCACUAUAGGGAAUGUACUAGAUAUGUGUGCUAUCUAAAUAGUUCAGAGGUUUAGUAAACUCUAAAUGUGAACUUCCAGAAUCAUGACAAACAUGUUUCAUAUGAUUUAUUUAAAUAUAUUUAUUUUUUAUUCAGUGCCAUAAUUAUAUUUGUUUGAAGACACGGUUUUACCACUACUGAAUAGUAUGUUGCUCUGUAAGAAACUCUAGGACUCCAAUUUGAGCACGAGUUAGAGACAUGUUUAUACUGAGCAUGUGUUCAAGUGAAAGAUGUUUUCUUGAAUCAAGCAAGACAUAAACAUUCAAGCAUGCAGUACUAUAAUUUAAAUGCAGAAUCUGAACCUAAGACCUCAUGGAUCUCAUUCUUUUCAAUGAUAAAAGAGAACCUUCUUUGUCCACCUUUAUAAAGCAGAUCAUACAAUUAGUUCCUGCUCUGUUUGGGAUCACAGUGCCAGAGGAAUAAGGGGCCCUAUUAUGGAUUCAAAUUUUCAAGGCCAACUUUGAAUUGAAUUGGAGACUGUAGCCUGAUGGUUCAAAAGGUAAUCAUUUGCCAUUGAUGCUCAGGACAGAGUUUUGUCCUCUCCAUGUGUUGAGGCUGAUAAUUGAUGAUUAUAUAAAACUGAGACAUGUAACCUUGGUCUGAGGUCAUCAAAAGACAGUGAAUCUCUCAUUUUCUGUUCAAGAAAUCUUCUAAAUGUUUUGCAGGAUUCAGACUUGACAUUGUUUUGUGAUCUGAGCUUAGUCAAAGCACCAACAAAGCAAAGCCUACUCAGUCUGAUGAAUGAGUAAGGAAUAAAACUCUGAAGGAAGAUUUCUUCACUGCAUUUUCAAUAUUUCAGCCUCCUGCUUAUAUUAAGAAAGUUCCUCAUUUUAUGUAUUAACAUUAAACCACAUGUUUUUCAAUGAGAACAGUGCCAUCAAGAAUAAUAGCUAUAAAUGAGAAUCUUUUGUUAUGUAUCCUAUGUGCACAUUCAGACUGAGCUGCCAAGAAGCAAAAUACUAUCUGAAUUCACUGUCAGUGGCUUGAAGGAAAUAAUUGACAGAGGUUAAAACUCCAUUUAGUUAAUGAGCUGACCUGGACAGUAAGAUUAUCGCAGUGAGUGUAAGCCACUACUCUGUAUUUCAAGGGUAUAGACAGUGAAAUUAUGCAAAGCAUGUGGAUAUGGAGACUUUUAAUUUGGUCAUUUUCAGUCAUAGAUGAAGAAUGCCUAUAAACCUUCUUCUACAGACUUGGAAAUAUGUUGACAAUGUAGAACUAUCAAGAUUUACAAUGCUUGAAGAGACACUUGAAAUAGGGGAAUUUAGCAAACUUUUAUGACAGAAAAAGUUGAAAAAAGUAAAGCACUAAAAAUGAAAGUUAUGGUUGUGAGCUUUUGUAAGAGAGUAGAGAGCAUUUGUCCAUGCAGCUGAAUGCAGCUGUAGCAAAAAUUUAUUUCUAUGCCUGUAAUAAUAAUGAAAAAAACCCAACCCAGAAAGUGUUUUGUUAAAAAUAUUUAUGGCCUACAGUGCAAGAUUGCAGGCAGCAGAUUUUUGGCUUUGUAACAUCCAAAGGGAAAGAGAAAAUUGAUGCUUCUUCGUAUGAAGAGAGUAUGAUUAAUGAAUUGACUGGCACAAAUGUAGUGAAUCGGAUUCUUUGGUGGAACUUUUAUCUUGGCUGACUGUAUAUGGACAAUGUCUUUUAGAGGAUGUCACACCUCCAAUGUGCAGGGUGACCUUGGUCAUGAGAAUGUAUCUGAAUUCUUCUUAACUGACCAGGCACUUAGUUCUUCUGUAAUUCUACAUUAUUCCUUUUAUGAUUGUUUCUACUGCUUCUUCCCACCAGGGAACUUUCAGACACGUCAAUCUGCAUCCCUCAGGAAAGUUGCUUUGACAUCUUUUUAGUUACAUUUCCCAGCUCAGGAUGUUCCCAGAUGAGUCUUGCCCUGCGUAAGAAGCUCUUAUCAAGUUACAUUCACCACAACACCCAUUUCUCUCCUUCUCUUCUCCCAAGACAGAGGGAUGUUUGGAUGGUUUCCUCCACAUCUGCAUCUUUCCAAGUUUCACAAGUCUUUGUAAUUCUCCAGUUGCCCAGCAUGGUCUUCCCUUCUCCAGUUAUGCCUCUGUUUCACUUUGUAGCUGGUGGAACGGGUUUGGGACCUAUAGGUCAGAACAAAAUCUUUUGAAAUGCAAGGCUUAGUUACAGGUUUUCAUGCUUUCAUUACUUCUGAACAUAAAGGAUUCUUCACUAAUUAUGUAUAAUGAGCCUUUAUCAGUUACUGACUGUUGUUUUGUGUUUCAAGUGGGUAUAGAAGAAAACCCUAGAAGAUUGCCACCUAGUUUGUUAGACAUGUAUUCUAAGAAACACAUUCAGCAUCAAACCAGGUAAGUGCAGCAUCUGGAUGAAAGAUACUAAUAAAUAGCAAAGGUUUAGUAGGUUCUCUGAGGCAGUAAGGCAGACCGUUGGUCUGUAUUUCAGACAUAGCACCUAAAGGGAAUUCUGGGAGUAGAUCUCAAUCUUUGUGUAAAAUGACAGAGAAAUUUGUGAAAUAUCAAGUAAAUGUUGCGUGCACCAAAACCUGACUGUUGCACAGAACGUAUUUCAGUCAUAGAUGGUGGAUAUAGCAUGUGGUAUAGUAUACAUUUUAAAUGAUGACUAAAGUUUACAUUGCAUCAAGCAUAAUCCUACAUUAGUGAAAAGAGUAAAAUUUAGAAAAUAGAUAUGUGUAGAAAAUAGAUAUGAAAAUAGAGAAGUGAAGGUCUUUUCGGUUUGUAAAAAAGGCUACACGGAGGUUUAGCAUCCUAAAAUCAGAGGCUUGCUCUUUCUGCACCAAUCUUGCAAAAUAUAUCAAGAAAGGGAUCUUACCAUAACUCUUGCAUUCAUGGAGGCAAUUUGCAACACCUAAAAGUGUUCCUCUGAAGCAUCUGAACAUCCUUGAUCCCGAAUUACAAGCCAUUAUUUUAGACUGACCAGUGUGUAGAGAACCUGUCUGUCUGCCUGCAGCUCUGCUCCCCAAAGCUAAGAAAAAAUUUAGAGAAAGUGUAACAGGGAAGAAAAAAAAUAAUCAUGUAUAAGCAAUGAAGGCUAAGAGGAGAAGAUGACAGGGUUAAGCUACGUAGCCUAAGAAGAGGAAAGGUCUGAGAGUAAAUUAUAUCAGUCUAUAAAUAGCUUUAAGGCAAUAAUAAUGCAAAUGAAGGAAGGGAAUUACUCACAGUCUCAGAAGGUGAUAGAAUGAGAAAUCAAAGCUGGAAGCUAAGGCAGAAAAAGCCAAGAUGGGACUUUCUGAACUAGAGGAACAAUCAGGCCUUGCAAGAGAUCUCAAGGGGAGAAGUUAGGGCAUGAUUUAUCAGAUAUUCAAGAACAGAUUAGCUAAUCCACCAGCAGAAAUUAUUUACAGCUGGUAAUACUUCUAAAUGGCCAUUUUUAGUCCUGAUAUCUGAUUUGCUGAAAAAUUUCCUAAUUUAAAUGUUGGUAGUAUCUCACCUUAAGACCUAUCUCUACUGCUGGAGAAAUGAGCGCUGACCUUGCUGUACUGACAGCUAGAUUGUAUACACUGAAACCAGCUUCAAAAGACCUGUCAUACAGUGAAACUUCACUUCUAAUGAAGUGGUUUCAAAAUCCAAAAUUGGUGCAAUGCAGUGGUAUGCAUAGAUGCCAAGUUAAACUUUCUUAUGAAAGAAGUAGCUUUGCUUUCUCAGUUAUUAGAUGAGCUUUUCAGAGAGGUAUCAUUUUGCAACACUUGCAGUACAAGUUGGAAUAAAGUGCUGUAAUUUCUGCCAUAGACAAUUUCUUGGAAUAAAAUAUUUUCAGUUAGGCUAUUGAGCUUUUGAGAAUAUGAUAAUAAAUCUGGACUCUCAAAGUGAUUAAAUUAAAAUAUACCAAAUAACCACAGGGAAAUUACAUGAGAAAAUUACCUUUAGGAAAACAUUUAUUAGUGGUUUGUGAUCUACAUUUUCAUUCUUAGGAAUUAUAUUUCUAAUAGAGCUAAAUUUACAAAGGUAUCGAUAGACUCUUAGUGAUACUGACCCAAAAUAACUGAAAUAUGAGUGUCAUCUCAAAGCUUAGGUGUAUUCAUUGUAUAGAAAGAUAUUCCUACUACUGAAGAUGUGUCCUUUUAAGAAAUUAUUUCAAGUGUAAUUUUUAGUGUAUGUGCUAUAUUUAUUGUUUUAGUUUGUUGGCAGUAGAAUUGUAUUCACAUUUAAUGUCUUGAUACUGAUCUAUGCUUAGUAUUGUAGAGCAAGAAAUCACAGGCACACAUUAGCUAGCUUUCUCCUCUGUUCAGCUUUCUUCCUGCUGCAAAUAGGUAUGCACCUCCUUAGAAGUCCACAGUCUACACCUAUUUCCAGUUUCCAAUGUAAAAAAGGGAUCUUGUGUUUCCUAUUUGUCUUGCACGUUUUCCACCACAGCAGCCUUACCAGCCUUGCUGGAGUUGCAGCUGGUUUACAACGCCUGCAGCAGAGGGUCUGGGUCCAGAGGGAAGAGGGAAAGUAGGCAGACGCUGGGCUUCCCUCUCAAGUAGAGGUGAGAAAAACCAGGAGCAACCCCCCCGAAAUCAGGGGACUGGCCAUGCUCUGAAACUGUGAUAGAAAUAAAAGGAGAAAGUGUCUUUUCAGCUUUAUGGGAGCAUGCCAGACCCAAGAAAUGCCAGAUAUAUUGACCGUUUUCUAGGGGUUAGUUCUCCAGCUCUGACGGAGAUAACUAGACCUUGAGCUAAGAGGGUCCCUCUAGCUGGGAGGAGGUACCGACUGCAGUAAGGAUUUAACUUGGCCGGUAGCAUAAAGGCGAGGAAGGCUGAAGGCCACGUUGUUCCUGUCGCUGCGUGAUUUCAGCUUCCUCCAUGUUCUGCUUCAUUAUAUUCUUUUUAAAAUGCACUUAACCUUCCCAGUGGCCUACUGGACUACAUGGCUGAAGUGUCAGUAACAGCAUGUUGGUGUUGCAAGCAACAUUCAAAGCUGUAUACAGCUGUAAGAAAUUAAUACAGAACUUUUCUAGAAUACUUACUACUGCAUUUUUUCAGUAUACUCGAGCUCAAAGUGUCAUGGAAGAUCUGAGUAUGGUUAUUAACGAACCUCAGAAGUCAGAGCGGUGGGAAAGUUCAUAAACUGCUACAGUCUUGUAACUCAUAGUAUGAAAUUCAAUUGUUAGUGUCCAUAAAUGUUUCCAACGCAUUGUGUGUCAGUGCAACGUCCUGGAACUGCAAUCAACAAUGAGAAAAUUUAUAGAGUGAACCUGUAAAUAACUGUGUAAGUUCUCAAGUGGUGUUGCUGAGUUAAUAUGUUGUUAAUAUAUAACACUGUGUUAUGAAGCAGUAAAGAACCUAACAUACUGGCUGCACUUAACACCAGGGGACACAUAUUGGAACAACAGAUUGGUUAUUUUCAUUUUUCUCUGCCCUUUUUCAUUCCUCUAAACACACAACCAGACUGAUGGCAUCACGGGCAGACUUUAUUUUCCACACUUUGUUAUCCGAAUGUGCUUUCAAAUAAAGCAAG